AUGCUGAUUGCUCAGAAGCCUAGUAGGGUUGAAGACCCCAGCUUCAUCUUCCCGGAGAAGCAAACUAUCGGCGUGGCGGACGGCGUCUGUUGUGCCAAGACAGACGUCGACGCCGGUGACUAUGCAGGGGAACAGAUGAUGCUGACGGAAGCGACUUUGAGUUUAUUCAUGUUGAAGUACGUAAACCACAAUGGUAUCAUCAACCACAACAAUAGCUAUGGUCAAGAAACAAAGAGAAACCUGCACGAGAUGGUUUGUGGGUCGGUGUAUCUUGCCAAAGAUAACAAGUUAGGCGAAGACGCUCACUUCAUCUGCCCGGAGAAGCAGACUAUCGGCGUGGCGGAUGGCGUUGGCGGUUGGGCCAACAAAGGUAUCGACGCGGGUGAGUACUCGAGGAAACUCAUGAACAAUGCCUUUAUCGCCGUCCAUAAUCCGAAUAACAUCAACGAACAGAAAGGAAAACGAAAGGCCGCGGAUAUGAUCGGAGCCGUUGAUCCAAGAAAAGUGCUGCAGGAGGCUUAUGCAAAGACCAAGGAGAAAGGCUCGUCGACCGCUUGCAUCCUCAGCCUUAACAAAGAGAGCGGAGUCUUGCAUGCAGUGAACGUUGGGGACAGUGGGUUCUUGCUAUUUAGGAACCACAAGGUUGUGUACCAAUCUCCAACUCAGCAACGCAGGUUCAACUGUCCCUAUCAGUUGGGGAACAGCAUCAGCAGCGACCGCCCUGAUUGCGCUUGGGAGGAGUGGAUUCAGACAGUCCCCGGAGACCUCCUAGUGCUUGGGACUGAUGGCUUGCUGGACAACAUGUUUCCAAGUGAGAUUGAGAAGGUUCUUGUACAAGGUGGUGGUGGUGGUGAUCUUGAUCUUGAUUGUGGCGCGUUGGCUUCGAGCAUCGCCAAUCUAGCUCUCUAUAACUCGUUCGAUAAGUACAACCCUAGCCCUUUUUCAGAAAACGCUAGAAAGGCUGGAUUUGAGCACAAUGGAGGCAAGAUCGACGACAUUACUGUUAUUGUUGCUCAAGUUUGUGGCUUUAUAGUAGACUAG